CAAUAGACUCGACCGACCGACUCACCGACCAUUUAUAUUAUGUAUCUUUUCCUGUUUCUCUUCAUAUAAUAAUUGUAUAUACGUAUAAUAACCAUUCAUUCAUUAUAUAACUGUAGUGUAAAUUGUAAUCAUCGUAAUAAUAAAAAGUGAGGGUUUGAGAAUGGCGGCUUGGAGGAUGCAAAGGCGAUUACUUUCCCUCGUCAGACAACCUAAUAUUCCCCCCUUCCGUACUAAUGAUUCAUCGUCACAGUUUAAAUCUUCUGUGAACUCACUUAUCCGUGGUGAUCAUUUCAUCAAAAGGCAAACCAGAACGUUUUCAGAAACCAGUGCUCCAUCUUUAAAGAACGCCAUAGAACAUGCAGCUUCUAGUAGUUCAAACAAAAUUGAGAACUCGGUGGCUACUGAUCCGCCUAGGGUCACAUAUACUGCUAAUUCCCAGUUAAAGGUAUCUCCUCGACAUGAUCUUGCCAUGAUGUUCACCUGCACAAAGUGUGACACGCGAUCGUUGAAGACAAUUUCUCGUGAAUCAUACGAGAAGGGUGUGGUGGUGGCUCGUUGUGGUGGUUGUAAUAACUACCAUCUGAUUGCUGAUCACUUGGGAAUAUUUGGUGAGAAGUGUAACAUUGAGGAUAUUCUAGCUGCUCGUGGUGAGGAAGUUAGGAAAGGAAAUUCGGAUACUUUGAAUCUUACACUUGAUGAUCUGGUUGGGAUGACAAAAUCUUCAGGUUGAGAUGUUUCUUUUCAUUAUAUCGAUGGUUGAUAUAUAGCAGUAUGCGUGACUGUUUCUUAAUUUUAUUCAACGGUAUUGGUCUUAGAUCAAUAUUAGUAAUGGGUUGUCAAUGUGAUAGUCUGGUAGCAAUGUGAACUUUGUUUUAUGUUAUUGUGAAAUAAACGCCGAUCAAUAACAUGUUUCUUUUGAAAUUUUGAAAAGUUAAAAAAAUAUUACUAUA